UUUUUUUUUUUUGCCACAUUCAUGGCAUGUGGAAGUUCCCAGGCCAGGGAUCGAACCCAUGCCACUGCUGUAAGCAGGGCUACAGCAGUAACAAGGCCAGAUCCUUAACCCACUGAGCCACGAGGGAACUCCACAAGUCUUGGUUUUUUGUUUCAGGCCUUCUCUGUAUUCUCAAAGGGUCCUGCUCCUGGGAAGUCCCUUCUGAACCCUGCCUCAUCCCCCAGCAAGGCCACUGGAUGCCCCAAGAUUGGUCCCCAUGCCCCUACACUACUCAGACCCUCUCCAGGACUCCAGUUCUUCAAGAACCCCAUGGAGACACUCCUUUGGUGCCAAAAUAUAUGGCCCAGCCACAUGGCCCAGCCCCAAGCAGAUCCCAGGCUCUGGGAGAGGGAGCUGGACACAAACAUCCCUGGGCCAGAGCUGAGGUGGAAAGAGGGAUGGGGGUAUCAGAAUACCAAAUGGGAGGGGGUAAGGAAGGCUUUUGGAGGAGGAGGGAGUAUUGGAGGUGGAACUUGAAAUGCUCCCUCCCCCAUAGGAAGGGAUACUAUUGUCCUCCCUUUUCACAUGAGCAGACAGGCUCAGAGGGGUGAAGUGACUGGCCUGAGGUUGCACAGCAAGUGGGAAGUAGAACUGGGAUGGGAACCUAGGGCUCUUGAACUCUGAACCUCUACCCACUGGAUCACACUCUCUGCCAUGGCGGGUCCUUCAAAGCCCUCGCCUGCUAACAUUCUGGGAGAAGAUCCGGAAGAGGGAGGCUUGCGGGGAGCAGUUUCUUUCUUUUUUUAUUUUUUGGCCACACCCAUGUCAUAGAGAAGUUCCCAGGCCAGGGAUUGAAUCCAAGCUGCAGCUGUGACCUAUGCCACAGCUGCAGCGGUGCCAGAUCCUUAACCCACUGCACUAGGCCAGGGAUCGAACUAUCACCUCCACAGAGACAAGCCAGAUCCUUAACUCACUGCAUCACAGUGGGAACUCUGGUGAACAGCUUCUUUACCUCCUCAUCUUCCCACCCCUGCCUCUACCUGCUCCUACCUUCCCCAUCUUCCAGGCCCCCUUCCCAGAUGUCCCUCUCUGGCCUUUUCUACUCUCUUCUCCCCUAGUCUCCCUAGAUCUAGUCUCCUUUUCAACCCUCCAGCCUCUUACUCCAGCAACUAAGGGUGUAUGAGAAGACUGAGGACAAGGCUCUUGAUUGCCUCAGUAGGGGUUGGGGGUCCACAUGGGGUAACACAGCCAGUGAUGGGGGAGGGCAUAGGUCAAGACAGGGGUAAAGGCAAAAAUGAGGAGCUGUUAUAGGAAAUGAUGUGCAUGAUAGAAGGUGGUAUGGAUCAGAAUGGGAAGGGGGUUUGGGAACAUGAGUGGUGGAAGAAGCUGACAUGGCAGGGGCAAGUACAUGGGAAGGAGCCCCAGUGCUGGGAGGGGGCAAGAGGUGUGGCUGAUAGUGGGCAGCCCCAGAUGGCUCAGCUCAGGCUGCUCCCAGCGCUGCUCCAGCUGCCGCCCUCAUGUAACCAGAGCCUGCCUGUUGCAUCAGAGGCAGGCGGGCGGUCUCAGGUAAACAGAGCAGCCCUCGAGGGGCCCAGGGCUCCCCAGCCACCUCCACACUCCCCAAGCCUUGUUCUGUACCUUGGAUCCCAGGCAGAAGCCCCCAACCUGGCCUGGGUGCAGGUGUGUCCUUGGGACACCUGAAUGUGUGGUGCUGGGCACUGAAGGGCUGCAAAGGUGGGGCGGGGGAGACAGGAGCCCCGAUCCCACCUUCUUUUUUUUGGGGGGGGAGGGCGGGAGGCUGUACCUGAAGUGUGUGGAAGUUCCCGGGCCAGGGAUCAAACCUGCACCGUAGCUGCAACCCGAGCCACAGUAGUAACAAUGCUGGAUCCUUGCCCCACUGCACCAACCGGUGAACUCCAAUCCCACCUUCUUAUGACAUGAUAUGAACCCUAGUUUAUGUGUCCAAAGAAAGCUGUGCCUAGGCUAGAGGUCAAAACUGCCUAUGUCAUAGAUGGGGAAACUGAGGUGUAGGGAGAGGCACGAGCCUCUCAGGGUUUCUGAUCCCUUCCUCAGAUUCCCGCCCCCCCCCCGCCCCGCCCCGGAAUACCAGUAUCUCCAUAUGCUCCCCCUUGAAUCCAGAGAUCCAAUCAUCUGCUGUCUUCCGAGCAGGUGAACACCAGGCCACCAUUGCAACGCACCUGCUCUCCUCUUUCAUCUGCCCCAAAGGGACGUUGCCCCCCAACCCAUCUCUGAGCCUCUCUUUGCUCAGCUCAUUAUACUUCCACUCACCGCUCUGACCUCAUCUUCCACACCAAAGAAUGCUCUUCACCCUUUCUCUGUACAUUUUCAAGUCCUGUUCCCUCUUGGAAAACCCUUCUACCAGGGAUAAACUCCUACUUAUGCUUCAAGGCCCAGUACAAAUGCCCCCUCUUUGGGAGAAACCUUCUCUGACCCCUCUGGCCCAGGCCUGACCCCACAGGGAUGGAAGAGUGUGUGGUAGCUCUGCCUCCUUACUGGGGGCUUCUCCAGGAUUGCCCAGUCCAAAGUCAUCGUCAUCCUGUAAUUCUUUUCACCUGAGUCACUCACUAAUCCUGCUCUGAUCCCCCUUGGGUGGGGAACUCUUCUGGAUGGUGUUGGGAUCCCAGAGAGAGGGUGGAUUUAGAGAUCUAGGCAGGGGUCCAGUCCUGGAAGCCCCUUCCCCAGCUGACCUUUGAAGUGGAAGAGGGUGCCUAGCAGCCGAGGGGUCUGUUACCCUCCUGACGAAGGACGUGGGUCACAGACCCAGCUGCAGGAAGCACAGUUGGACGAGGCUACAGAGAGACCCAAGAACCCCCAGAGCCCCCAGAGCCCCUUUCUAAAGUCCCUCCAUUUGAGUGAGAGCAAGGGUCAGGGUUGGCUUCUAGAAGUUCUUGGUCCCUGGGGCCUCAGAGUCUGGGGUCAGAGAUAUAUUUCACUCAGGUUGGGGUAAGUCCAGGGUAGAAGACUGCAGGGGUUAGAGACAGAGUCCGAAUUAGGGUCAGGGUCAGCAGUAAGGUCAGGGCACCCACUGACAGCGGGGGAAGCCUGGCAGGUUUGAUCCAGUCCCCCCAGGCCCCCCUCCCUUAUUCUACCAUUCCCUCACCUCGGCGUCUUCCCGCGUCGGAGUUGCGGUCGGCCCCAGAGCUCCCGGGGGCCCGGCCACGCCCAAGUGCCCGCCCAUCUCAGCCCACGGGCCUGCCCUCUAUGUAAAUUUAUGCCCCGCCCAAUCAGCUCCCGGGGGGCGGGGCCGCCUGCUCUGAAGGCACCUGUGGCCGCCGGGAGCUCGGAGUUCUGUGCUGCUACUGCUGCUGCCCGGUGUGUGCGCGAGCGUCAGAGCGAGUGUCCAGGUGGAGCAGACCAAGGUUACUCCACCCAGCCUGGGACAAUGGGGAGGAAAAAAAUUCAGAUCUCCCGCAUUCUGGACCAAAGGAAUCGGCAGGUAACAUUUACCAAGCGGAAGUUCGGACUGAUGAAGAAGGCCUAUGAGCUGAGUGUGCUCUGCGACUGUGAGAUUGCCCUCAUCAUCUUCAACAGCGCCAACCGCCUCUUCCAGUAUGCCAGCACAGACAUGGACCGCGUGCUCCUGAAGUACACGGAGUACAGUGAGCCCCAUGAGAGCCGCACCAACACCGACAUCCUCGAGACACUGAAGCGGAGGGGGGUGGGCCUUGAUGGACCAGAGCUGGAGCCAGAUGAGGGGCUUGAGGGGCCAGGAGAGAAGCUACGGAGACUGGCAGGUGAUGGAGGUGACCCAGCCUUGCCCCGACCCCGGCUCUACCCAGCAGCCCCUACUAUGCCCAGCCCGGACAUGGUAUAUGGGGCCCUGCCUCCACCAGGCUGCGACCCCAGUGGGCUUGGGGAGGCCCUGCCUGCCCAGAGCCGUCCAUCCCCCUUCCGGCCAGCAGCCCCCAAAGCUGGGCCCCCAGGCCUGGCACACCCUCUCUUCUCACCGAGCCACCUCGCCAGCAAGACACCACCCCCCCUGUACCUGGCAACGGAUGGGCGGAGGCCAGAUCUACCUGGUGGCCUGGCUGGGGCCCGAGGGGGACUAAGCACCUCGAGAGGUCUCUAUGGUAGCCUGCAGAGCCCAUGCUCCACUGCCACCCCAGGAACCCCACUUGGGAGCUUCCCCUUCCUCCCUGCAGGCCCCCCAGAAUAUGGCCUGGGAGACCCCCCUCCGCCCCCAGGCUUGUUGCAGCCCCCCACCCUGGCCCCUUGGCAACCCUCCAGGGGUGAUGGGCCCACAGCCACCCCUACCCAGUCCAGUGGGGGCCGCAGCCUGGGAGAGGAAGGCCCCCCGGCCCGCGGCGCCUCCUCACCCACCCCUCCAGUCAGCAUCAAGUCCGAGCGCCUCUCACCGGCCCCUGGAGGCCCCGGCGACUUUCCAAAGACCUUCCCCUACCCCUUGCUCCUGGCCCGGCCCCUGGCAGAGCCCCUACGGCCUGGGCCCCCCAUGCGCCGACUGCCCACGGCUGACGGCUGGCCUCGGUAGUAAGCCCGGGGGUGACACCGAUCCCGCCCACCACACCAGGACAUGUGGGGUCCCAACCUCCCUCCCUGCAUCUUGAAGACCCAGCAUCUUGAAGACCUGCAUCCUGAAGACCCAGCAGUUACGACUGCGGUGGGAACCUGGAGAGGGGAAGUCUGGCUUCGGGCCCCGGAUGGGGGGCUCCUUUCCCCCUUCCAGUGGGUAUAAGUCCAUCAAUAAAACACACGUGGCAUCCA